AUGGUAAUCAUUGUAAUGCCAUUAUAUAUACUGUUGAUUUUGCAAUUAUUUUCAUGUGUUUCGACUGAAAAUAAAACAAGAUUAACUUUCGAUGAAUGUUUUGAUUAUACUACAUUUCCACUAUUAGCAUUUUCUCCAACUGGUCAGCAUUUACUUAUUCAAACAAGACGUUCAUCGUGGAACACGAAUUCUUUUGAGAAUACUUUAUGGCUUUAUGAUAUACAAAAUCAAACAAAAAAAAUAAUUACAACAAAUCUUCAUAAAUCAAUCAAACCACAAUGGUUACCAAGUGGUAAUUUUAUUGCAUUAUUUCCAAACAACCAUUCAUCAAUAAACAAGACUGAUGAUCAACAAUAUAUUUAUUUAUAUUCUCUCAUAUCCGAUGAACUAUUACCUAUCAAUAUCGGAAAAGAUGUUCCUUCAACUUUUACUUGGUCUAGCAAUGAUUCAUCACUUUACUUCGUUACCACUAAUAUGGAGUCAAUCGUUGAUAAAAAUAAUGAAUGGAAAGACGUUAAUCAAUAUCGACAAAAUUUAAUGCAUAAAAGUAGUACAAUCUAUCGUAUAGAUUUCGAUUUCAACGAUCUCUCGUUACCUAUAGAAAAACAAAUCAUUCGAAAUGUAUCUACUCUCAUUGGUCAGUUAUUAUAUACUUCAUUUGAAGAAAAACUUAUCUUCACAUCCGUAGCUACACUUCUGGAAAAUCCAGAUAGUUUCGAAAUCUAUUCGAUUGAUCUACGAAAUACAUCUGCAUUAUCUAAAUUGACAAAUAAUGAAGCAAUUGAAUUUGAAUUACAGUUAUCGAUCGACGGUAAACAUGUCCUAUUUCGAACAUUAUCUCUUAAUUCGAAUAAAGGAAAACUGAAUAAUACACAAUUUCGUCUUCAUUCAUUAAAUUUAAUCAAUGGACAAAUAACACGUUUAGCAGAAAAUUUCCAUGGUAAUAUUAAUGGACAUGCAUUCAAACAUGAUUCUAGUAUUUAUAUACUUGGACAAUUAGGAACAGAAGUACAAAUUUAUACGCAACAUUUACCAAUGAAAGAUUUAAUUCAACAUAAUGGAUGGAAUGGAACAUACGAAUCGAUUAUAUUAUCUCAUGAUAAUGAAUCAAUUGCAUUUGUUUAUUCAUCGUUCGAAAAACCAAUGGAAGUUUAUUUCAUUAAUAAUAUUAAUCAAUUGGAAUUAGCACAAGUAAUAACUAAUGAAAAUAAUUUAUUUACUCAAAGAAAUUUACCUUAA